GGGCAAUCCAAUCAUUCGUAGUCAAUCACCGUUUGAUCGUGUAACUCAAUUGUUGGGGGCGGUGUUUGGAUCCACGAGCACUGGAGAAGCGAAGCCCAGAUAGCAUUGACAAGUUCCGGGAAAACCCUUCUUUCGUCAAUAAUAACCCAACAGCUGGCAGAAGAACGAGGCUCAGCGACCUGUAUAAAUAAAUACUCAUUUGGAACCCGAGAGCAACCUGGCAAGACUGCAAGAGUGGGUGUUUCAGGGCGAUGUCUUGCGGAGAUAUUUAGCCAACUCCACGGGCCAAUUUUAUUCGACAGACUGGUUGAGGAGUGAGUACAUACGGACUACUCCGUACACAGUACGGAUUACAUCUGCAAAUAAAUAAAUAAGAAUAAGCCCGUCACGCCAUCACUGGGGCUCAGCGCGGGUAGUCCAGCGGUGUCGGAGGUUUGCCUUCGGGGGAGAGGAGCUGUGAAAAAUCUGGUAGUGGGCUGCUGCUGCGCCUUUUUCCUUUUUGCUGGCCAGUCAGGCUGUUGCGGAGAGAGAAAUCAAUAAUAAAUAAAUGUCAUUAUUUUUUUCGCCCGAGUCCCGUCUGCUUCGCCCCAGUAAAUAAGUUAAAACAACUAAAUAACUUCAGUUGGGCCAUCUUCAACUCCACUCUUGCCACAGCUAGCUACAGUGGGUUGGUUGUUGCACCCUGCUAUUAUAUCAAUCAAUUCUGGCGGGUUGAGGAAGCUGCCAGCUUUAUUUACGACAACAACAUCUGCUGUAGCCACUUCGACGCCUCAUAUUUCUUUAUUAAUAUCUAUUUAGCUCCAUUCCCCCCCAAAAUCCAUACAUUCUCGAUACCAACGUUCGAAAAGAAAAUACUGGAUUGUGUCAAUGAACAUGUUGCCGCAACCCCCAACACCAGGCUCGUGCUUCUCCUCCUCCCCAGAGGCCUCCUCCUCUGCCACCGCAAAACGGACCUCCCGCUCCAGGCCGGAACGACAAGCUCUCUCCCUCGAUCUCUCAAACCUCCCUCCCCUUGCUCAACCCUCCCCGCCUUCAAACACCCUCCUAAUAACUGAUCUCCACGAUCUAUCCCUCUUCCAGCCCUCCUCCCUCGACGCCAUCAAAGCCCAAAUAUCUCGCAUAACCCCACUGAACUCGUUCUCCCCGCUCCCCUCCCUCCGCCGCAUCGUCUGCUCCUUCACCUCCAUCGCCGCCGCUAUAAGAAUCCGCCAGCUCCUCGACGGCGAAGCCAUCUUAGGCAAAAAUGUCCGUGCCAGAGUUUACUUUGGUGAAAAUACCCCCGUGGAAGACGCUGAAGAGGGCCGUAGACGAAACCUCCUCGAGGCUCCCAAGUCACAGAAGCUAUUCUUCAUCAGUCCCCCGCCCAGCCCUCCGCACGGCUGGAUGAUGCGCAAUGAAGACCCGCCCAAUAAAGAAGUGCACGCAGCUGACCUGGCUGAGGCAUUGCAAAGGCUCGAGACGCCGACUGGGGCAGCAGCCCCAGACGUUGAUAGUGAUAUGAAUAUGACCUCUGAGAGCUGCGGUGCGGGACAUGACCCUGAUACCCCUGUUUCCGUAUCUUCGGAUGUGCACAUGCACGGAAGCGACCAGGAAGGAUCAAGCGCGCGUUUGCGCUCAACAUAUACCCGGCCAGUGGCCACCGGUCGAGAGCGCAGCGGCAGCAGUACGCUCAUUUACGACCCAGAAUACCAUGGCAGUAGCCCGCAUUUGCCCGCGGUCAUGGUGGAGGAUACGACGGUUGGCGGUGGCGUAUCUGAUACUGAGAUAGAUAUGGACAUUGGUAGUGCCGGAUCGAGCAAACGCAUUAUAGCGCACACGGCUCGACCGCCUGUUGAGCUUAUGGAUUGAGGAUAAGGAGAUGAUGGCGUUUCUCGUCCCUUCUUUCUUCGUGUCUUUCUCCGUGGCCUAUUCAAAAAGGAAAAUGGGGGGGGGGUGUUGCGCUCUAUAUGGCAUUUUAUGCUUUUGAGAGCAGCAAAUUGAUUUUUUCUCUGCAUGUAAUUUGAGCGUCGUUAUUCCUUCGUCGUCGUCAUCGUAUUCACUGGCGUUCUGGGCUCUGUCCUGAUUGACUCUUUGAUCAUGGAGGCUUUUUUUCCUUUAUUUGUUUCUUCCUUUCCCUUUCUUCUCUCCUUUUCUAAUUAAAUGGAUGAGCUUUUCACAACCAUGCUUUGAUAACCAAGAUUAUACCCUCCCGCCGACUAUACCUAGAUAAUUUACUCCGUACUGGCUAGAGUAUUAGUUGAGGAAUUAUCAACUUAGUAUUGCAUUGGGAGUUAAGAAUAAUAGAAUACAAAGGAAAUAAAAACUGUCAUGGUGGAUUACUUGGAAUGCUUUUAAUCAUCUCAGAGGAUCAGAGGAUCAUUACAGAUACUCCUGUCACGUACAAACCAUAUUCUUAUGGAGGGUCAUUAUCAUCAAGCGGUAUACCAAUAUAUAUAUAUAUAUAUAUAUACUACGCUGUACAACUCUCCCCGUGGAAUUGAAAGCACAUUGAGGGUUUCUUUGGUUCAAUCACAAACAGACAACCAGGAAUUGAUUAGAUACGGAGAAAGUGCAUCAGAUGCUCCGGAGAGCUGCCAACCACAGUCAACAAACCAAGGAACCAGCCAGCGCCUGGUAGAAGAAAGUCGUCGGCAUAGAGGGUAAAGUAAGGCUAGUACUGGAAUAGCCCUUAAAAGCUCUCUCAAUCUCUCAGCGCAGACAGCUCCCACAUCGUCGUGUUCGCUGGGCGCGGGGGAAGGGAUGACUAAUCCAAAACGUGGUAACUACACCGCCAAGACACCUGCAACCCCAUCAGGACUAGCGGAAUGGAGUUAGUCAGCCAAAACGGCGGUUGAGCCGCAUGCCAUAUGGCCACGCGGUUACAGUUGAAUGUGGUGCCAACAAAACUGACUGUGGUGCCAACUUUUGACCCACUUUUCUGGACACAUAUUUAACUUUAGUGCUCUCUCUAAAAUGCACACUCACUACUACGUACACACCUCACACAUAAUACACACAUAUUACUAAUCCACACUAACUCUUUUACGAUCCCUCCUCAUUGGCACUCAAUCUUCUUUCUUAGUGUAGAAGUCUAUGUUAGAGAGUUCAUAAUUGAAUUAGAAUUGAAAGCUAGAGUCUUUUGAAAAAUAUGAAAAUUCAAUAUUGUAAGGGGUGUAGAUAGAGAUGAUGAGCUUGAAAUGUCUAGUGUAUUUAGUUUUAAUGGGGUGCUGCCAUGGAUCCAAGUUUGAAAUCAGGUUGGGACCACCCU